AAGAAAUUCAGAUCCAUUUACUCCUUCUUUCCCGAUCUUUAGUGGAGAAAAAUACGAUAUAUGGAGUACUAAGAUGGAGACAUACUUUUGGUCCCGAAACUUAUGGGACAUUGUUGACAAAGGAAUUCCUACUUUUGGGAACAUUUUUGUUCUAUCUGAGCGCAAACAGAAGCCGCUGAAAGAAAGUGUACAGAAAAAUGCAGCAGCACUUUUCAUACUUCAACAAGCCGUGGAUGAUAAUAUUUUUUUUAAAAUUUCUAGAGCUCAGACCGCGAAAGCAGCAUGGGACGCUUUGAAAACAGAGUUCCAAGGCAAUCCACAGUCCACCGCAUUACCAGAUCAGCAGAGGGAGAAUUGCAAGAAAUACCUGCCGUUAUAUAAAGCUAUACUCAACGGCAAACUGGAAUCUGUAAAAAAAUUCUGUCAUGACAAUGAAAAUGCGUUAGAAACGAGGAUCACGGUAAACUUGGACACAGCUCUUCAUGUAGCUGUUGGGACAGGCAAGACGAAUGAUAUUGUAAAGCAUCUAUUGACUAAGGUGACACAACUUUCACAGAAAAAUACAGAGGGCAACACGGUCCUUUCUGUUGCAGCAAUUGUUGGCAACAAAGAAGCAGCCCAAAUGAUAAUGAAAGAAGAUAAACGUCGUGAAUUAUUUACGGCUCCAAACAAAUCUGGCAGGAUACCUUUGAUUGAGGCUGCUCGACAUGGCCAAAAAGAGAUGGUUACAUAUUUAAUGCAAUUCAGCAGCAGAUAUUUGACCUAUGCUACUUCAACACGCUUUAGAGAUGAUUCUGACGUUUCUUUGGUAAAUCUGCUAAUAAUUGCUGGAUUUUAUGACUUGGCACUAGACUUGCUUAAAAAAUACGAAAGUUUAGCUACAAUGCAGUUAUCUACAGGUGAGUCUCUUUUGAGUGCAAUAGCUGGAAAGCCGUCUGCAUUUCCAAGUGGAAAACGAAGGGAACCAAAGUUUUGGGGAUAUGUCGACAUUGAUGAUCCAAACCAGCUACUUCAGUGGAUUCUAAAACUCUUUGCUCCAAGUCAUUUAAAGGAAAUUCAAGAGACAAAGUCGACGCAUCGCAUAGUACUUGACCUUGUCAGACGCUUGUGCGAAAAAAUUACUGAGGAUCCAGAUGAUUAUGAAAGAGUUUCUUCAAUACUGAAACGACCGCUCCUUUUAGCAGCAGAGUUGGGGGUUUGUGAAGUCGUAGAAGAGAUUAUAAACGCAUUUCCUGAUGCAAUCUGGUUUACAAAUGAAAAGAAUCAUAAUGUAUUUCACUUGGCAGUCAUGAACCGUAGAGAGAAGGUAUUACAGCUUAUAUACGACUUGAGGGGUCGCAAACAUUUAUUAUUGCUGUCUGAAGAUGUCGAUAAGAACAAUAUCUUGCACUUAGCUGGAAAAUUGGCACCAAAAAAUCAACUAAAUCUCAUCCCAAGUGCCGCUCUGCAGAUGCAACGUGAGCUACAAUGGUUUAAGGAAGUAGAGGGAAUGGUACAGCCUGAUUACAAAGAAGAGAAAAAUUAUAAUGGGGAAACUCCUGGAAUGGUGUUUACUGAGGAACAUAAGGUACUCGUUAAAGAAGGGGAGAAAUGGAUGAAAGAUGCAGCAACAUCAUGCUCAGUAGCAGCAGCACUCGUUGCCACUGUAGUAUUUGCAGCUGCAAUCACUGUACCCGGUGAUUACAACGGUAAAGGGCAACCAAUUUUCCAGAGACUGCCACCCUUCACGGUCUUUGGUAUUUCAGAUGCAUUCUCUCUGUUUUCAUCGGUCGCUGCCAUCAUAAUGUUCUUGUCCGUCCUUACAGCACGUUACGCAGAAGAUGAUUUUUAUCAUUCCCUGCCUAACAGGUUAAUACUGGGUCUUGUUAUGUUGUUCCUCUCUCUGACAUCGCUGAUGGUAGCGUUUUGUUCCACUAUUUAUCUGGUGUUUUGCGAGCAAAGGGAACAGUGGGUACUUAUAUUAGUGUUUGCAUCAGCUUUGCUGCCUAUCUCCUUGUUUGUGUAUUCGCAAUAUCCCCUCCUACGGGACGUCUUCAAUUCCACAUACCGCCCCGGCAUUUUUGGCAAGCAAUCAAUCGACGAGGAAAAAAAAUGUGACCGGGCAAGGGAGCCGAACACGGUUGUGGAGGUGGAGGUGGUAACAGGAUAAAUUUACCAUUAGAAAUUUGAACUUUUUGGUUGAUUCUAUGUUUAUUAUGAUUGUAAUAUGGGGAAGCUAUAGCCGGCUUAAUUGGAAAAGGGAGGCUGAGGUGGUGUUGGAGGUGGAUAGCCGGAAAAGGGAGGCUAUGGUA